AUGGGUCGUUGUUCAAAGUUCUAUCCCAAGUCUUUUGCUGAUUUAACAACUAUUGAUGCUGAAGGAUAUAUAUCCCCAUGUGAAGCUGUUUGGAGAAUAUUUGCAUACCCCAUUCAUUCUAGAGAACUUGUUGUACAGAGAUUGAGCUUUCAUUUGCCUGGUCGGGAUCCAAUUCUAUAUAAAGAUGGUGAAGAUAUUGAUGAUAUUAUGUCAAAAUCCAGGAUUGACCAAUCAAUGCUUAUUGCAUGGAUGGAUGCUAAUAAUAAUUUAUCUUUGAUUGAUAAUGAGUUAAAAACAAGAUGCUUAUAUGAAAUUGAGAUGAUAUUGCAAGAUAAUAGGAAGAGCUUAAAGGAAUAUCCUCUUAUGCCUUUUCCAGAAUGUUUUACAUUAUUCUCAUCCUUAACACAAGAACAACAAGAUGUUUUUGAGAAAAUUGUGGAAGCAGUUUCUGAAGAAAAUGGUGGAGUAUUCUUUGUAUAUGGCCAUGGAGGAACAGGUAAGACUUAUUUCUGGAUAGUUUUGACUUCUUUUUUAAGGUCACAAGGAGUGAUUGUUCUUACUGUUGCAUUAAGUGGAAUUGCUGCUUUGCUACUACCUGGAGGUAGAACAGCUCAUUCUAGGUUUGCUAUACCAUUAACGGUGCAUGAGAAUUUUGUAUGUAAUAUCAAACAAAAUAGUGAACUAGCAAAGUUGUUAAAACAAACAAAGCUUAUCAUAUGGGAUGAAGUGUCUAUGGUUCACAGAUAUAGUGUUGAGGCAGUUGAUAAAAGUUUAAGAGACAUUAUGUCAUCUACAGAUAAUAAUAAUGCUAAUUUUCCUUUUGGUGGAAAGGUAGUGGUUUUUGGUGGAGAUUUUAGACAAAUUCUUCCUGUCAUUCCUGGAGGUGGCAGGACAGAAAUUGUUAAUGCAAGCAUAUGUUCCUCUUACAUAUGGGACUAUUGUAGUGUUUUGAUACUUACCAAAAAUAUGAGAUUAGAGGAUUUUUCACAUGCUGAUAAUGAUGAAUUGGCUUUGUUUUCACAAUGGAUCUUAAAUGUUGGAGAUGGCAAUAUAGAUGGGCCUAAUGAUGGCAUCUCUGAGAUUAUGAUUCCUACUGAGUUGCUCAUAUCAAAAUUUGAAGAUCAUCUUAGUUUUAUUGUGGAUUGUAUAUAUCCAAAUCUUUUUGAAAAUCACUUGGAUUCUAAUUGGUUGCAAUGA